AAAAAGAAGACAAUUAAGACAUUCAAUUUUGAGUAGGAAAAGUCAUCAGCUUUAUAUAAUCCAGUAGCUCUCCAUUGAUGAAUCAAGUUCAUCUUCUGGAUGCCGCACUGUCUCUCCUUCAACCAAGCCUCUCCGGAGGCCUCUCUCGGCGACGACCCUCUUCCCCAUCCUUCCUUAGAGAGUGGUGUAGCCUCCACUUCCAGAAACGAAGCUUCUAUCCUGUCUCCCACGUUUAACCUCAGCCGUGAGUUGGCUCACGCUUUUCAAACCCCUUCCUACCACGACAUACGUUCACGUGUUCAUGUGAUUGAUCCCACGCAGCAUCUUCAUCAUCAGCAUCAGCAAAUCCAACCGAACAUUGAGCUGCUUCUCUCUCAAGUACUCCAACCAAACAAAGAAUGUGUUCAAGAAUCUCUUAGACACGCUAAGCAAACUACACUCACCAAUCUUGUCUCCACUUACUUCGAACACAGUGAAAACGCUACCCGUCUUUGCUUGAAUCUUUACCAAAACGUUCACAGCGCUCGCCACCACCUUUACACACCUCUUUUAGAACUCUUCAACAUCUUUCCCUGUGAUUCCCACGACGCCAUUGACGAGUCCCUCUGUAACUUGGCCUUCGAUGUUUUUCUUAAGCUAGACACGUUUGAGAACCCUUUCUCAUCUCCUGAAUCUUACAGCUUUCAAGAGACCCAGUUAUGCUUCUCCCAGCUGAAGCAUAAGCUGGACAGCCGUCUCCGCAAGUCUAGGUCACGAGUCCGCCUCAUCCACCAUGCCACAGCUGGUCCCUUGUGCAGUCCUUACCUCCCUCACAGUUUCAAGAAGAAGGAGUUAACUAACAUAUCUCAGCUCAAUGCUGCUGCCAAGGGUACUUUUGUGCUCAACAAAGAUCUUGACACCAUUGACCGACUUGUCUCCCGUUUGCACACGGGGAUUGAAUACGACAAGCUUUUCAUUCGGCUUGGAUUGGAGAGGGGGAGGGACUUGCAUUCGAUUCAGGAGAUUGCAAAACAGCUUCGCAAGAGCCACCUUAACCUAACUCAUCAACUCAAGGAUCUUGAGGAUCAUAUUUGCCUUUGGUUCACUAACGUUAACAAAGCUAGAUCUUUGCUCCUUAAAGAGAUCCAUCUUCCCCGAACCCAUGGUAAUCUGUAGAGAGAAGAAAGUACUGCCAUCUUGAGUCAAAGAUCAAUCAAGAUUACAAAGGCUCUUACAGUAUCCUGAGCUAAUGAGAGAGGAAAACAGGACAGAGGUGGUUUUCAUAUACAUUGUUGAGCUAUCUGUAGGUGGGAAUAGAACUUUUUAAUUGUUCAUAGACUUGCCUGCCUUAAGCACUAGCAGUAGUAGUUCGAUAUUGUAUGUUGUAUUGGUUCAUAUCAAUCAUAUCGAACAAUUCUUUUGGUAAAUAAUUUUGUUGCACUUCA